AUGGCCGCUUUAUUAAAGCAUUUACAGCGAAUCUGGGAGGGGGUUCGAUUACUCGUGCCGAGCUGGCUGGGAUUGCUUAUGGGUUGA